AUGCCGAAAUUUGAGUCAGUUGCUGGGAAGGUUCAGGCGUUUCUCGAAGAGAACGCAGAAAGACCGAUAGCUUUCAUCACGAGCGGUGGAACAAAAGUGAAUUUGGAAAAGAACUGCGUAAGAUUCAUCGACAAUUUUUCUAUGGGCACACGAGGUGCAGCUAGUGCAGAAUACUUCUUGAAAGCCGAUUAUGCAGUGAUAUUUCUACACCGGGAAGAAUCACUGAAACCAUUUUCGCGGAACUUUCCACGUAUUUUUGAAUCGCUAGAGGUCGACGGCGAUCGGGUGUGUUCCAACUUAUCCUUUCUUUCAUUACUGUUUUUUUCCGCUCUACCACAGAGAUCGUCCGGGACUGAUUCCUAA